AUAGACGCAUCGAAACUCAACAUAUCGUCCAUUAGUUCUAUCCAACCACCCUUUUUUGUUCAAUUUUUUGAUAAUUUUUUACAAAAUGCCAACUUCACUCGCGUUUUUAAUUGUACUUCUUGUUUCAACUGUAAAUUCUUUGGAUCUGAAUGAUAUUAAAAAAAUAAAGACGAAUCCCACUACGAUUUCUACAACUACACUUUUGACAACGACAACACCAGAAUACGUGACAUUUACAAUCGUUGAUCCUGGAGCAAUGCUCAUUGAUUGUCCUGGUGGAUGUCCAACCGGGUGGCAAUAUCUCAAUUCGAAAUGCUAUAAGAAAUUCGAUGCAGCUGUCACGUACGCGGGUGCCACAUCUGCUUGUGCUGCUCAGGGUGCAGAACUUGUUACAAUUGACAGCUUCGACGAGAAUGAUGCUUUGAGAAAAGCAUUUGACACUAAUGCUCUAGUUGACGAGACUAAGGAAACAUGGAUCGGCUUGAAAUCAUUAAGUGGUGCAUGGCAGUGGGCUGAUGGUUCUUCAGCAACUUACACUAAUUGGGCUCCAUCACAACCUUCGAGCAAUGGUCUUUGCGUUCAGAUGAUCACAGAUUCAUUGAGCAACGCUACCUAUAAGUAUCAACGUGGAGGUUGGAAGACUUACGGUUGCGGGAAAACAUCUGCGAGUUACAUUUGUGAGAAGGGAGCAAGUGCAUAACAAGUCGAAAUAAAUAAGUUUAUGAAUGCGAUAAUUUGACUAAUUGGACCGAAUACACAUAA